GGGAAUCGCGUAAUGGCGGACGCGGGCCGGCUGACCACGGCUGGGGGCGUAUCGCACUGAGGGGGGUCCGGCAGUGUGGCAGCCGGCGAGGUGGCCCGCGGGAACAGAUCCCGGGCGGAGAAGGGUGGCUAGUCGGCCUCUCUGCCGCUGAGGGCGACUUCGCGAGACCAGAGAGAGAGGAAGGGGGAGAGACAAACAUUGAUGCAAGAGAGAACCAUCUGUUGGUUGCCUCCCAUAUGCACCUGGACCCAGGAUUGUACAUGCUCAGACUGGGAUCGAACCCACAACCCAGCUCUGUAAUGGACAUUUUAUAUAUAUUAUACUAUUUAGUAUCGAGGAAAAUUGCCCAAGAUCACACAGCUUCAGGUGUUAGUGUACUAACCCACUAUAUCUCAGCUCUACAACUUGAAGCUGAGAGAGUCAAGAGCCUAGAAGCUUUGCUCAUUUCUAAGUUUAUCUUCACCAGAAGGUUGUUUUUCAUCAUUUAGAACAUUGCCUGAAGCAGGUCCACCAUGCCGUUAGUAACGAGGAACAUCGAGCCAAGGCACCUGUGCCGUCAGACGUUGCCUAGCGUUAGAAGCGAGGAGCUGGAAUGCGUGACCAACAUCAGCCUGGCAAAUGUCAUCCGACAGCUGGGCAGCCUGAGUAAAUAUGCAGAGGACAUUUUUGGAGAGCUCUUUACUCAGGCAAACACCUUUGCCUCUCGGGUAAGCUCCCUUGCUGAGAGGGUUGACCGCCUACAAGUUAAAGUCACUCAGCUGGAUCCCAAGGAAGAAGAAGUGUCCCUACAAGGAAUCAACACCCGAAAGGCCUUCCGAAGCUCUACCAUUCAAGACCAGAAGCUUUUUGACAGAAACUCUCUCCCAGUACCUGUCUUGGAAACGUAUAACACCUGUGAUGCUCCUCCGCCUCUCAACAAUCUUACCCCUUACAGGGACGAUGGGAAAGAGGCACUCAAAUUCUACACAGACCCUUCGUACUUCUUUGAUCUUUGGAAGGAGAAGAUGCUGCAGGACACCAAGGAUAUCAUGAAAGAGAAGAGGAAGCAUAGGAAAGAAAAGAAAGAUAAUCCAAAUAGAGGGAACGUAAACCCACGUAAAAUCAAGACACGUAAAGAAGAGUGGGAGAAAAUGAAGAUGGGACAAGAAUUUGUGGAAUCCAAAGAAAAGCUGGGGCCUUCUGGGUAUCCGCCCACCUUGGUGUACCAGAACGGCAGCAUCGGCUCUGUUGAAAAUAUGGAUGCAAGCAACUACCCACCACCACCACAGUCAGACUCCGCUUCUCCGCCUUCUUCCUUCUCUGAGGACAGCUUGCCUCCACCGCCAGCAGAAUUCAGCUACCCAGCGGACAACAACCAAAGGGGGUCUGCCUUGGCUGGACCCAAAAGAUCCAGUUUGGUCAGCCCAAGCCAUCCCCCACCAGCUCCUCCUCUGGGCACUCCCCCGGGCCCCAAACCCGGCUUUGCUCCACCCUCCGCCCCUCCGCCUCCACCUCCAAUGAUAAAUGUCCCACCUCCACCACCACCUGGAGGAUUUGGAUCCCCAGUGACCCCACCGCCACCUUCACCACCCUCUUUCCCACCUCACCCUGAUUUUGCUGCCCCUCCACCUCCUCCCCCACCGCCGGCAGCUGACUACCCAACUCUGCCACCACUUCCCUUAUCCCAACCAACAGGAGGAGCGCCCCCUCCUCCCCCUCCUCCCCCUCCUCCCGGGCCGCCUCCUCUCAUUUACACUGGUGCAGACGGGCAGCCUGCUGCACCGCCGCCGCCGCUCUCUGAUACACCCAAGUCCAAGUCCUCCUUGCCUCCUGUGAGCGAUGCCCGCAGCGACCUGCUUUCAGCCAUCCGUCAAGGCUUUCAGCUGCGCAAGGUUGAAGAACAGCAGGAACAAGAGAAGAGGGAUGUUGUGGGCAACGACGUGGCCACCAUCUUGUCACGUCGCAUUGCUGUUGAGUACAGUGACUCAGAAGAUGACUCCUCUGAGUUUGAUGAGGACGACUGGUCGGAUUAACUCUUUCUGCCUUCUGCCCACCUCUUUUCUUUCUACCUGCCUUCUUUGACGCCUGCCCCAACAGUCCCAUGGGGGGGAAAGGGAGGAGAAAAAAAGAAUUCCAAGGGGCCAAAGCCUUCCCUGAAGCUACCAAAGAUAUAUCAAAGUGCUCCCUCCAAAUCAGCAUGUAUUUUCCACCUCCCAUAGUCAGGCCCCACGGGGCCCCUGAGAUAUUCCCUCUUCCCUUCAAGUGACUGUUGCAUAUUGAAGAGAAGGGAAAACCCCAAAGCUGAUCCUUUUGAGUGGGCUUAAAUUGGAGUUGGUGCCUUUCCCUAAAAGCCAUUUUCAACUGUGGUCUUCGCUCAAAAUCCUUGCCCUCAGCUACUUUGAAUAAUGCCAGCCCCCUCUGGUCCUAAAGCCUGCAUGGACACAGCUGGCCCCUUUCCCAUGCACUGAGCAGGCCACAUGCCCCAGCAGCCAGGUUGCCACACCCUUCGGCCCUGGUCAGCAGAGUGAGGCUGCCUUUUGCUAGGCUGUUUCUGUAUUUGCAUCCCUUUAUUCCAGGAGCCAUCAUGCCCCUAAAAAAAGUCUCAACCUUUCUGCCUAGAAAUGAUGCCUUUCGGAAGACUGAGGUGGCCGCCUCCCUCCCAGGCUGCCUGAGGGUGGGGGUUGAGUGUCCUUUAAAUGCCCCUUCCUCUCCCUCAGGUGCCUCUGGGCACCAUAGCCCAGUUAUGACCUCUAAUACCCAUGACCAAACUAGACCUGGAACUGCAGGACUGGAAGAACAGUGGGCCAGUUGGGUCCCACCUUUUUAAUGAUGCUGAAGUCUAGGGAUGGGAACUGACUUGCUCAAGGUCACGCAGUUGGAUCGUGACAAGGCUAGAGCCCCGGGUUUCUGAUUCCAAGUCACCUGUGCUUUCUGGGACCAAAUAGUGGGCACCUACUGGAGCCUGGGCAGAGCAGCCUUGACUCUGCUGCCCCAGACCUCACCUUGGUGAGGUCCCAGCGGGAGAACUCAGGGCCUGUGCCAGGCCUGUCGGUGCUGCUCAGACCCUUGUAUGUAGCCUCUUGUAAUUCUGUGCUUCCCCUUUGCUAUCACCAGCCAACCACAUGGCGUUGGGAGCUGCCCUUCUGGGGGACUAGAGGUAGUGAGAGAAGGGAGGGGGUGGGCAGCUUUGACAGGUGCUGUUUUCAAUUCCUCUGCAACUCCUCCCCCUUUUAUUUCCCCAAUUUAAGCAUAGGUUCUGCCAACUGUAGAAACUUCAGUCCCUCAAGCUGGCAGCCACUGCAGGUAGCUGCCUGGGGGGCCUGGCAGCCGUGAGGAGGACUGAAAAGCAGAGGGACUCUGGGUCUUGUUUCCAGCUCCCCUCCUCACUACACACAGUGAUGUUCCCUCCCUCCCUCCCUCCCCCUUUUUCCCAGAGCUAAUACACAGGUGCUAUUAUUCAGAAAAAAAACUGGUCAGCUUUGGCCGGCAGUGAGGCUUCUUCUCUUCUGCCCUAACUAUUGUGCAGCCUCUUAUGCAGAAACCGGCUUCUCCUGGCUUCUCCUGCUUUCAGAGCCCUGAAACAAAGAGAAACAGGAUCUGUCUCUACCCAGCACAGCAAAUGGUUAUAGUAAUUGCCAAAGCCUUCAUAAACCCCUCCGGCUUGAGGAGAGUGUGUAAUCAUGGGUACUGCCGCUGUGCCCUGGCUGAAUGCUCCCCCUCUGCCUUUUUUUCCUUGAACUAGGGCCGAGACUGAGCUUGUAGGGCCAGCACGCCCUCCUGUUGGGACUGCUCCGGAGUGUGCCCUCCUCCCUCUCCCCAGGUCAGGUGUCUCUGGCACAGGGCCAGCACCUGGCUCUGGUGCUGAGCACACCAGGCUGUGUGUGCCCCUCCCUUGCUUCCCACCUUGCACUUCGGAAGCUGAAGGUACAUUUUUCAGAACCCUAAAAUGGCCGUGGAAGGUGCCCCUGGCUGCAGCCCAGGAGUGGCUGGAGAGACAGGCAGAGGGCAGUGGUUCCCCAAAUAGGAGUCCUGGGGCCUGGCCAGGCCAGGGUUUGGGCCUAAUGGCUUUGACCGAAUUACCCCCAUCCCCCUCUUUUCCGGAAAAGGGGGGAGCCAGUGCCACUCUGACCUUGAAGGGGGCGGUGUUGGCCUGGCUUCUGGAAUGGACAGUCCAGGAUGGAAAGGUCUGGGGGCAGGAGGAGGUGGGGAGGGGCACUGCUUGCGGAAGGUAGGAUUAGAUCAUUAGCUCAGUGACCUCCUAGGGUUUCGAUGUGCUGUGUUCUCAUCCUACAGCUGGUUUGGUAAUGAUCUGCAAGUCCCGGAGAGCAACAGCACAGCUCUGCCUGACGCUCUCAUUAAAAUCUAUGCAGCCAAGCUCGGAGCUUUGUAGCAGCCGGCCUUGGGAAGCCUCCUCAGCUGGGGGGUGGGCUGGGGCCCAGUCAGCUGGGAGGCCCUCUGGGCUCUACUUAUGCAUGUGUGCACCCCGCCCCCCAUGCUUCUUUAAACCCAGAGCCCUGUAAGAUGAUAAAGGACCUAUGCAGGUAAUCAUGUGUCUUUGGAAUCCUGUAUUUGUAGAAUACAAAGUUUAGUGAUUAUUUAUACUGGGCCCGUAAGGACUCAAGUACUGAAGCCAAUGAGCCACCUCCUUUCCUGGUUUGCUCAGCCCAGGGGACCUGCCCCCAUUUCUGUGGCCCAAGGGCCCAGCUUCCAGCCAACAGGCAGUGUCAGAAGUGACUGGGGGCUUUGCCCAGGUUAUGAGAUGAGUACAUUCCAAAGGAGCAGCCUCCGGGAGGGGGCAGGCUCUUCAUCCCUUGGAAGCUCAGCAGCCAACCCAAGCUCCCGCUUGCCUUUGGAAGCUCAAGUGCCCUCAGAAACGACCCUGGCCAAUGUCGCCGCAGAGCUGAGGCAGUGUUGUCAGGGCUAAUGUGAAAUCUCUUCCCGUGGCGCCAAUCCUCCGGCUCGGCAGUGCCAGCUUGGACAGAUUCAGGUCUCUGUGGCUUUGGUGACCCUGCUUAAGCAUUCCCAUCGUGUCCCUCUGCUCUCAGAGUGCCUCCCACUGCAGCCCCUCACCUGACUGGAGGGCCUGGGGAUGGGGCAGUGGCCCAAGGCCAGGGGCUCUUGCUCAGGAGACAUGUCAGCCUUCCUUGGGACAUCAGGCUUUGAGCUCCGCUGGGGUCCAGCGGACCUGGGGACCAGGUGUUGCUCAGAGACACGCCUUGUUCUGUGCCUCAGUGAGUGCUAGGGAACAAUGUAUAUUAACUUUACUCAGUUAACUCACUUGAGAAACUAACCAAUUUUUACUUACUGUCUAGAAUGAUGUACGUGUAGGAGAGUGAGCCAUAAUGCUCCCAAAGUGCCUUUUCUCUGAUAUAAACAUAUUUAUAAGGACCUAUUCCAGUGGAUUCUUAGGUGUGUUCACCACAUCAAGAUUUUAGAGAGUGAGCAUAGCACAUACGUAGUGGGGAUACAGUCUGAAAAUGUGUCCCUUUCCCCCAGGGUUGGGAAAGGAGCUUCAAUUAGAGAUCUGAGCAGUGGGCUUAGGUCAAAUCCCAAAGUGACCCCUUUCCCUUUGCCGUACUACUCAGGUCUUCAGAAGGAUGUCCAGUUUUUUAAAGCCCUGUGGCUCCCAGCCUGGUCUUGCUUCCCUGCCAGGCUUGUGUGUACCACAUUAGCUCCCCAGUGACCUGAAAGAUGUCAUGUAACUGUAUACAAGCCAAUAUUUUAAAUAAUUUGAUAAAACCUUUGUAGCCACUCAGCCACCUCUGGGGUGC